GACACCUUGAACAAAACAAACAAAGACUAAAAGGCACUGAGCGAUGUUGUGAAAGCUUUGAAAGAAAGCCGACGAUCGUUGACUGAACUGAAAUCGUUUUCUGUUGAUAAAAUGCUGUUUAAAGGCGUCUUUAUCGUGGUGAUAAUCGCCAUGUAUUGGGGUGUUGACGGUGCAGAUGACGAGCACAACGGUGUAGUGAAACGAGGCACCUUGAACAAGACAAACAAAGACUUAAAGGCACUGAGCGAUGUUGUGAAAGCUUUGAAUGAAAGAAUAAAAGAGCUGGAGUCAAAGAAAGGCUGGUGUAAAGAUGGGACGCCAGGAGCUGCAGGAGCACCUGGAAAACCAGGAAAAGAUGGCACACCAGGCAAAGAUGGCGCACCAGGUAAAGAUGGCGUCGGUUUACCAGGAAAAGGUGGCGCACCGGGGAAAGAUGGCGCACCGGGACCAAGAGGACGAGAUGGUCGUGAUGGACAACAUGGCAGCCCUGGACCACGAGGAAGUCCUGGUUUGCAAGGUCCACGUGGUACUCAGGGACUAAGGGGCCAUCCUGGUCCUAAAAGUGGUGGUGUUCAGUACAUACGCUGGGGAAGGACCUCGUGUCCUUCUGGUGCUAAACUCGUCUACAAAGGUCGUGUUGGUGGUGAGGACCACCUGCACCCUGGAGGAGGUUCCAACUAUGUCUGCCUGACAGAAUCACCCAAGUAUGCGAGCUACAACGAUGCGCAUCAAUCAUCGGGUUUCAUGUACGGUGCUGAGUACCAAACUAAACAAAGCUACAAUCCAUUUCCACACAAUCCUCACGAUCACGACGUCCCUUGUGCUGUAUGCUUUGUUCCAAAGCGCAACACCAAACUGAUGAUCCCGGCAACAUACCAUUGUCCCUCGGGAUGGUCCAAGGAGUACUGGGGAUAUCUUAUGACGGAGCAUUACAAUCACCCCAACCAGAGAAAUUUCAUUUGCGUUGACAAAGAUCCAGAAGUCAUCAAAGGAUCGCAUUCGGACAAGAAUGGUGCAUUGCUGUACACCGUGGAAGGAAGGUGUGGCUCUCUGCCUUGUCUUCCUUACGUUGAAGGACGGGAACUGACAUGCGUAGUCUGUACCAAGUAAAACUGGAGAAUGCACAAAAAGGAUCAAGUGCUACUGUCGCUUUACCAAUAAUAAUCUUUAAAUAAUCAUUAGAAUAAAAAUAUGUAGUAAAGUGAAUAGAAAAUAAAUCUGAUUCAAAAUGA